AUGAUAAUACUACAUCUAGGGUUUUCUGGGCUAGGAAUUUUAUUGACAGUUCCUGCGCUGGUACAAGAGUAUAUAGAUGAUAAUGAUUUCAGCAAAUGGCAAAACUCGAUAAAGAUAUUACCACAUUUAUUAUUGAUGGUUUCUUGUGCGUUGAGGUUUAACAAAAUUAUUCUCCCCUUUGGAUUAGUUAUGGGGGUUAUCACAUGAAUUAGUGGCCUAUUUAUGAUGAAUAUGCUGAUUAGCCGUUAUUAUAUUUACUAUAUAAAAAUAGUAAUAGUUCCCUAAAGAAAAUUUGCAUUUAUUAUAAUUUGGGUAAUCACUUUCUAUUUAUUUUAAAUUUAACCUCAAGCUCUACCUCAAUUUGUGAAGACUUCAGCGAUCUAUGCACAGAAGAUACAAGUUCUUGUAUAAACAGCCCCGUUAGCUCAUGAGCAGGGAUUUUAUAUAUUAUUGGAUUGUUAUUUAUGAUUAUCGGUAACACUUUGCUUAUAAAAAACACAGGCGAUAAAAUUUUAGAAAUAAAUAAACUUGUAAUUGGUUAA